AUGAGAGGACGAGUAAGUGGCAGCAGCGGGGCCGUGUGCCGGCCGUCCGGGUCGCGGUGGACGCCGACGCCGGAGCAGAUCAAGAUAUUGAAGGAGCUCUACUAUGGCUGCGGCAUCCGGUCGCCCAACUCGGAGCAGAUCCAGCGCAUCACCGCCUUGCUGCGCCAGCACGGCAAGAUCGAGGGCAAGAACGUCUUCUACUGGUUCCAGAACCGCAAGGCGCGGGAGCGCCUGAAGAGGCGGCUCACCAACCUCAGGCAUGUCGUCUCCCUCUUCCCCCGCCGGCUUGUGCAACGGCAAUGGCGGCACCGCGGCUAUGCAGCUGGACACAAGUGCCGAUUGGAACAACACUGCCAUGGCCACCGAGACGUGCUUCCGGCAGGUUAUUGUGCUUGUUUACAGUUACACUCGUCGACACGUUCCUACAUGUGUCGCUACAUUGUUGGGUGCGCACAGGACUACAUGGGCGUGAGGAGCCCGGGUAGUCACCAACGCAGCACCGGCACCGCGUCGCCGGCGCCGUGGGCAUACUUCUCGUCGUCAGAUCAGAGUGCGGCGGCGACGACGGCGCGGGCGCCCGAGACGCUCCCGCUCUUCCCCACGGGCGACGCCAGCCGCCCGCGCCCGCGCCCGCGGCUCGCCGGCCCAGACGAAGCCAUCCGCGGCGGCAGCAGCUACUACCUGCCCAACCUCCCGUGCUGGGGUGCGGCCGCUGCUACUGCUGCCACAACUGCCACUACUACCACUACCGUUACAAUCCAGCAACACCAGCUGCUGCAGCAGCUGCAAGAGCAGCACAGUUUUUACAGCAACAGCCAGCUGCCCAGCCAAGAUGCAUCAGCAGCAGGGGCAUCCCUGGAACUCACCCUCAGUUCCUGGUGCCCCCCUACUACCUGCCCAACCUCCCGUGCUGGGGUGCGGCCGCUGCCACUGCUGCCACAACUGCCACUACUACCACUACCGUUACAAUCCAGCAACACCAGCUGCUGCAGCAGCUGCAAGAGCAGCACAGUUUUUACAGCAACAGCCAGCUACCCAGCCAAGAUGCAUCAGCAGCAGGGGCAUCCCUGGAACUCACCCUCAGUUCCUGGUGCCCCCCUUAUCCUGCAGGGACAAUGUGAUCAGCUAGCACUUCAUUGGGAACAAACAAUGUCCUCAUGUCUCUGAACUCUGAUGAGAGUAGUCGUAGUUGUAGUACUGCUGUCCUUGUCCUAGCUGCCUGUUAGAAGCAUAUAUAGAAGCAUGUCUGAAAGAUGAUACUAGUAUUUGGAGAGAUCUCUAGUACUAUUUAGAUAGGGAGUCUGCAGGUGCAGCUGCACAGGCAUUAACAUGCAUGUUGCCUGGCUGUAGUGUGGUCCUCAAGUGGGUAAUAGUGCGCUGCAUCUGCAUGCAUGCUAACAGGUAGUACAACAGUGUGGUGCUGGGAGCUUAGUGGACUGGCUGUUCUAAUGUGUUUGGGGAUAGGAGCACAGUUGUGUCAAACUUGUCUCUCGCUUUUGCGGAUUCCAGAAAAAGGAGUUGGCAUCUUCCUGUCUGCUUGCUGCUUCCUCGGUUGGUUGCUGCUCAGCUGUUGACUUGAGACUUCUCUCCUGUUUGCCUUGUUGUUUCAGCAGGAGUAAUGUCUCUACCACUGCUAGUUUCUCAUUUCAGUCGUUCAGGAAUGAAGCCCUGGGGCCACUUUUGUUGAACUGUUAGCUAGUA